AUGUCCGGUGCGCCAGGCUCGGGUAAAAGCACCGCCGCAACCCUUCUAGCCCAACCUCUCAAUGCCGUCAUUCUAGAUCUCGACGUCAUCAAGUCUUCCCUCCUCGAUGAUGGGGUUCCGUUCGAACAGUCCGCGAGGCUGGCUUACUCCAUACUUUGGGCACUCGCCGACAGCAUACUCAAGCAAAGUCGCAACCUCAUUGUAGACUGUACCUGCAACUACGAAGAGAUAAUCAGUCACGGAACAGCACUGGCUAGGGGCAAUGGCUUUGAGUACUGGCACAUUGAGUGUAGACCCAACGUCGAUAUCGAUGUACUUGAUGGGAGGCUGCGAGCUAGAGUGGCGAUGAGAAGUCAGCGUACAGGCGUGUUUAGCCCUCCCGCUGACGCCGAUACGUCUCAAAGACGCGAGGACCAGGAGGCGCUAUUCCGGAGAUGGAUCAGCAAUCCCUAUCGACCAAAGGAUAAUGUGAUGGUGGUUGACACAUCGAGGGGCCCAGAUGAGUGUCGAGAGCAGGUCUUGAAGGCGAUGGCAGAGUGA